UCUUAUUCUCAGUGCCUCAGCGCCAUACCUUCGGCCAAGACUGACUGGAGUAUCACUCACAAGGAAAUAUGGUUUCACUUCUUACCCUUCUCAAUGCUUUGGCUCUGAUUAUACAAACUCUUGCAUCUCCGCCGUCGUGUUUCUCUUGUUCCUCUAUGUCACACGCGCGAUACUGCGACUAUUACACAAAGUGUUCUGAUGGGGAGGUUUGCUAUGUAAAGAAGAGUGAAAACUACAAUGGUCAUUUCCAUUACACGUCCGGCUGCGUUAGCAAUACGACGUGUGGAACUUUCGUCCCCAAUGUAACAUCCGGUCUGAGGUAUUCGUCUCACGGGCAUGACGUAUGUCGUGAGUGUUGCUAUAGUGAUAUGUGUAACAACAAAGGCUGUGGUGACAACGGGCCUCCACCCAGACAGGACCGGGGACCGUACUGUUUUCAAUGUGAACACCUGUCGGACCCAAGCGAAUGUGAUCAAGUGACAAUCUGCAAUAUCAAUGAGGUAUGCGGAGUUGAGGAAAAGGAGUUUUUUCAACAAGAACAUCAGUUCACAACUGGAUGCAAAAGAAAAUCUGAGUGUCAUGAAUCUUUACUUGUUGGCCGUGCCAUGAACAGUUCCGUGAGAUCACUCAAUAUGUGUGACCAGUGUUGUGAAAGCGAUUUUUGUAACGAUCGCUGUGGGGAGUCCCAAGCAAAAGUGUAUGGAAGUUGCGACGAUCACUACAGAGCCGGAAGUGUGACGUCGGGUGUGUAUACGAUAUCACCUGAUGACGUCAAUACGUUUGACGUGUACUGUGACAUGGAGAACGGAGACGGGGGCUGGAUCGUUCUUCAACACAGGUUCGACAAUUCGGUGCUGUUCAACAGAUCCUUUGCCGAGUAUGAAAACGGCUUCGGACAAUUAGACGGCGAGUUUUGGAUAGGCCUUGAGAAAAUAUAUAUAUUGGCGCAUUCCAGUCGUAAGGUCAGGUUUAAUCUACAAGCGUUAAAUGGAACCUGGCUACCACUUGAAUACGGGAAUUUCUCUAUCUCCAACGCCAGUCAACAAUAUACCCUUCACGUGUCUAAUCAUAUCCAAGGAUUUAGCGCGCAAAGCUUUGAAUACAACAAUGGUCAGGUAUUCUCUACAUACGACAAAGAUCAUCGUGGUUGUGCCGCUAUGCGAUUUGGCGGUUUCUGGUAUGAUCAUUGCCUACUAUUAAACAUCAAUGGACAUUUCGGACUAUUAAACGAUGCAAGUGGUGUCUUGGAAUAUACUAAUGGUUCUAUAAACUUUCAGAAAACAUUAAUGAUGAUACACUAAUAUCAACAAAAUAUUGAUCAUCAAUCAUCAAGCAUCAUUUAUAAACAAUGGCCAACAUCUUUAGGGUAAGAAGGUCGUCUGACAGUAAAAAGAAUAUUAUCCUUAUCUGUUAUGUCUCAGAAAUUUCAACGCUCUGGCGUUUAGUAUCGUUCAGGAGCUGAAGGUAAUGCAAACACGCAUGUCUGAUACACUUAAGGUGCAACAGGAAUCCUGAAAGAUGGAAUGGUUACAGUACAUUUCAGCCAAAAAAUGAGGCAUAUUCAAGAACCCUAAAUUUAACAUCGGAGUUGAGAUAUGCAAGAUGAACAUGUUGAACUUUGAUUUGAUUUAAUUUAGUUAAAUCGGGUAUAAGUUAUUAAGGCCCUUAUCAUUAAAGUUCAUCUACAUUAUGUUAUAAAAAGUUACCUAGGCCUUUGACUAUGUUCUUGACGUUUUGGCUGGCCAAUACCAUUUGAUUUGAGGCCGGUAUGCCUUUCAACAGCUGGUUACGAAGCAGAGCUCUGCAUGACCAAAGAAUAUAAAUACACCUGGGAAAAGGUAUAAGUUCGUAGCUUUUAGUGUGGUUACAGAAGAUAUUUUAAUGUCGUUAAACUAGUGUUUAAAGGCACCAAUAUUAAUGUCUUACUUGUGGUCUGAGCUGAACUUUUUCUGUUUUAUUUUAACACAUAAUAUCAAGUUUAAUAUAUAAAAAAUAACAGGUCUCAAUACCGAUAUUUAAUUUAAGUUUUUGAAGAUUACUUUUAAUUGGAUUGAAAUAUCAUGACCUUACUAUUUUUAAGAUUUGUUGUACCUCAAAAUCACAGGAAAUGAAGAUCCAAUAUAAUACUACUGCGGAAUGUAUCGAUAAUUACACGGUACAUUGUAUGUCUACAAUGAAGGUCAAUGCUAAUUGUAUACCACCCUUGAUGAUGAUGAUUAUGAUGGUGAUUUCAUAUUGUUGUAAAAAUGUUGCAAUGGUGUCAAGAUGAUGCAAAUGGCUCCAUGAUAAAGAGGUGAAUGAUGUUAAUCAUUGUCAUGUUGACGAGGACGACGACGACGACGAUGAUGAUGAUGAUGAUGAUAAUGACGAUGAUGAUGAUGAUGAUGAU